AUGGAGGACUGUAACAUAGUGGACUGUAACAUGGAGGAUUGUAACACAGGGGACAUAGAGGACUGUAACAUAGAGGACUGUAACAUAAUGGACUGUAACAUAGAGGACAUUGAGGAAAUAGCGGACUGUAACAUAGAGGACAUAGAGGCCUACCCCCUGAUGUUCACAUCCCUGUACCGGUCCACCCUGUACCGGUCCACCCUGUACCAGUCCACCCUGUACCGGUCCACCCUGUACCAGUCCACCCAGUACCUGCCCACCCUGUACCGGUCCACCCAGUACCUGCCCACCCUGUACCAGUCCACCCUGUACCGGUCCACCCAGUACCUGCCCACUCUGUACCAGUCCACCCUGUACCGGUCCACCCAGUACCUGCCCACUCUGUACCGGUCCACCCUGUACCAGUCCACCCUGUACCGGUCCACCCUGUACCUGCCCACCCUGUACCAGUCCACCCUGUACCGGUCCACCCUGUACCGGUCCACCCUGUACUGGUCCACCCUGUACCAGUCCACCCUGUACCAGUCCACCCUGUACCAGUCCACCCUGUACCAGUCCACCCUGUACCAGUCCACCCUGUACCUGCCCACCCUGUACCGGUCCACCCUGUACCAGUCCACCCUGUACCAGUCCACCCUGUACCAGUCCACCCUGUACCGGUCCACCCUGUACCGGUCCACCCUGUACCAGUCCACCCUGUACCGGUCCACCCAGUACCUGCCCACCCUGUACCAGUCCACCCUGUACCAGUCCACCCUGUACCAGUCCACCCUGUACCGGUCCACCCAGUACCAGUCCACCCUGUACCAGUCCACCCUGUACCAGUCCACCCUGUACCAGUCCACCCUGUACCAGUCCACCCUGUACCAGUCCACCCUGUACCAGUCCACCCUGUACCAGUCCACCCUGUACCGGUCCACCCUGUACCAGUCCACCCUGUACCAGUCCACCCUGUACCGGUCCACCCUGUACCGGUCCACCCUGUACCAGUCCACCCUGUACCAGUCCACCCUGUACCAGUCCACCCUGUACCAGUCCACCCUGUACCGGUCCACCCUGUACCAGUCCACCCUGUACCAGUCCACCCAGUACCUGCCCACUCUGUACCAGUCCACCCUGUACCUGCCCACCCUGUACCUGCCCACUCUGUACCAGUCCACCCUGUACCGGUCCACCCAGUACCUGCCCACUCUGUACCAGUCCACCCUGUACCUGCCCACCCUGUACCAGUCCACCCUAUACCAGUCCACCCUGUACCGGUCCACCCAGUACCUGCCCACUCUGUACCAGUCCACCCUGUACCUGCCCACUCUGUACCAGUCCACCCUGUACCUGCCCACUCUGUACCAGUCCACCCUGUACCUGCCCACCCUGUACCAGUCCACCCUAUACCAGUCCACCCAGUACCUGCCCACUCUGUACCAGUCCACCCUGUACCGGUCCACCCAGUACCUGCCCACUCUGUACCAGUCCACCCUGUACCUGCCCACUCUGUACCAGUCCACCCUGUACCUGCCCACUCUGUACCAGUCCACCCUGUACCUGCCCACCCUGUACCAGUCCACCCUAUACCAGUCCACCCUGUACCAGUCCACCCUUCCCCAGCCCAUCCCCUCCAUCCCCCAGGCCAUACUCUCCAGCCCCCAGGCCAUACCUUCUAGCCCCCAGCGCAUACCCUCUAGCCCCGAGCGCAUACCCUCCAGCCCCCAGCCCAUCCCCCAGGCCAUACCCUCCAGCCCCCAGCCCAUACCCUCUAGCUACCAGGCCAUACCCUCCAGCCCCCAGGCCAUACCCUCCAGCCCCGAGCGCAAACCCUCCAGCCCCCAGCGCAUACCCUUCAGCCCCCAGGCCAUACUCUCCAGCCACCAGGCCAUACCAUCCAGCCCCCAGCCCCCAGGCCAUACUCUCCAGCCCCUAGCCCAUACCUCCCAGGCAAUACCCUCCAGCCCCCAGGCCAUACCCUCUAGCCCCCAGGCCAUACCCUCUAGCCCCCAGGCCAUACCCUCCAGCCCCCAGGCCAUACCCUCUAGCCCCCAGGCCAUACCCUCUAGCCCCCAGGCCAUACCCUCCAGCCCCCAGGCCAUACCCUCUAGCCCCCAGGCCAUACCCUCCAGCCCCCAGGCCAUAACCCUCUAG